CUCGACCUUCACCCACCAACAACGCACAAGUCCGAUAUGUCUGCAGUGUAAAGGGCAGCGGCUUCGGCUGCUCCUCUCUCCGUCCCCUCUUUAUGACGGCACUUUCAACCAGCCACGAGACAGCCCAACAUGGCACCGCACAGGACACCGCGAAAUAAAAAGCAGCAGAAUGUAUUCUCCCCAAAUGGUUCCAAUGGCACAGCCCCAACAGGUCAGACUCAGGAGACGUUGUCCAUGCGCCCUUUGCUCGUCUCCCAACCCUCAGAGACCUAUGAGGCAGCACAGGAAGAUGAACGAGAGGUUCUGAAGGCCAUUUUCAUGGACGACUACGAAGAGUCAGAACCUAAAAAAGCAUGGGGCAAAUCUACAGAUCGUGAAAUACGACUAAAGCUGAAAUCUUUCUCCAAUGAGGCCAUACUUGUGGUGUUGAGUGCCAAUCUCACAGCAACCUACCCCAAAACCCUCCCAGCGCUCAGCCUGGAAGGCACAGCCAAGCUCCGGAAACGCACGCAGGAAAGACUCCAGCACAUCCUGAAGACCAAACCGGCUGAGUUGACCGGGGAGGUUAUGCUCCACGAGAUUGCCACCGAGAUUCAGGAUGCGCUCGAGGAUGAAGUCGCCGUUCGAGAGACUGACGGCACUUUUGAAAAUCUGGGCGCCGAGCGUGCCGUACAAGAGGCUGCAGCCGUCGAGCUUGCAAAACAGCAGGAAGCGGACCUGCAGAAGAAGCGUGACGAAGCCAAGGCGGAGGAAGAGCGCAUGCUGCAGCAGAUGGUCAGCGAUGAGAUGAGGCGCAAGGAUCUCAUGGCGAAGCGCAAGAGCAACAGGACAUCGGUCAUUACACCAACGUCGUACUUCCAGACGGCUAACAGUGCCAACUACGUGUCUUUCGACAGAGUCAUCUCGUUGCAGUUGGACGAUGCUAUCGUCGAAUGCAGCGCUGUUGAAGGUAUGCUGCCCUUUCGCAAGGGGCCCGUGACCGAGGAGCUCCUGGUCAAGCCGGUUGGCAACACAGCAAACGUCACACUAGUCCUCAAGCGUAUUUGCAUCGGCGCCAAGGACGCCGCGGCGAUGCCACAGUUGAAAAGAGCGAUCAUGGAGUUUGAGGCAGAAAUGGAAGAGAUCAAGCGUCUACGGCAAUCUGCUGUCUUGAGUGUGUUCGACUUCAAGAUCGAGCAUCUACCUGAAUCUGGCUGGGAGAUCAACAUACUCAUGGAGCAUGCCAACAAAGGAUCCGUGGGCGAAAAGAUUGAAGACGACGGUCAAGUUCCAGUCUCAAAAGUCCGGUCCUGGACAAUCGAACUUUUGGAAGCACUUGAUUUCCUUCAUCGCAAUGGCAUCGUGCACAAGCGAGUGUUCCCGCACAACAUCCUUCUUACCAAGUCAUCUGAUGGAAACGUCUCUGUCAAAUUGGCAGACGCCGCAUUUCAGGAAAGCUUACACAAUCUACGAGAUCUGUACCGAGGCGAACGUGCCUUUACGUCCUCAUGGUCUGCUUUCUGGGUUCCUGCUGAGCUUGGGCAAGAUGCUAAACGAACAAGAAAGACCGACAUCUGGGAUCUUGGGGUGGUCUUUCUCCAGAUGCUCUUUGGUCUGGACGUACGCCACAAGUACAACUCGCCUAAGGAUCUGUCAGACGCUCUCGGCUGCUCCGAGCCUCUCCAAGAGAUGAUGCGGAAGUUCUUCAAACCCGACCCGCGGAAGCGACCCUCGGCAUUCGAUCUCAUACCGUGCGAAUUCCUGCGGAAUGACGUACCCGUAUACGAACGACCCCCGACACCAAUGCGCUCUCGACAUUCAUCCUCAUCUUUGGGUCAUUAUAGGCUUCGCAGGGAGUCCUCCGCUGGCGUCGGGCCAUCCUACUCCCGUUACGCAGAGGACUGGGUCGAGCAAGGACGCCUGGGCAAGGGUGGAUAUGGUGAAGUUGUCAAGGCACGCAACAAAGUCGAUGGCCGCAUCUACGCGAUCAAGAAAAUCAAACAGAAGUCUGCGUCUGCGUUGACGGAAGUUCUGUCGGAGGUCAUGCUGCUGUCACGACUCAAUCACCCCUGCGUUGUUCGCUACUACACAGCAUGGCCUGAGGAAGACGUUGGUGGCAGUUCAGACGUGUCUGAUGACGAUUCAGCAUUUGUCUCGGACGACUCUGAAUCUGACUCCAACAUUUCACCUGGUGAAACACACAGCGUCACCUAUAGCCGAAGUACAGGACUAGACUUCAUCAGCUCCAAUGGGUACAAGAUCGAGUUUGGCUCUGAGGUCGGGUCAGACGAAGAUGACGAUGGAGCAGUUGUCUUUGGGUCAGAUUCUGAAGACGGAACAGGUACUGCAAGUGCUGGCCCUCGUUCGCCUAUGGUCAGGAGGCGGACCGCAUCAGGCACAUUCGCGAGUCGGUUAACCAGAUCUAUUCUAUACAUUCAGAUGGAGUUCUGUGAAAAGCAAACCCUUCGCGAUCUCAUUCGCAGAGGACUUUACGAGGAUCCAGAAGAAUACUGGAGACUUUUUCGUCAGAUUCUGGAAGGGCUCGCCCACAUCCACGGCCAUGGUAUUAUCCAUCGCGACCUCAAGCCAGACAAUAUUUUCAUUGACAUGGCCAAGGUACCUAAGAUUGGUGACUUUGGGUUGGCUACGAGCGGCCAGUACCAGAAGCCUGACAGCAAAAUAUCCAAUGGUAACCAGGAUGGUGGUGGCGACAUGACACGCAGCGUCGGUACCGCGCUCUACGUGGCUCCGGAGCUAAGCUCUACGGUCGCGGGCAACUACAACGACAAAGUGGACAUGUACUCGAUGGGUAUCAUUUUCUUCGAAAUGUGCUAUCCAUUAGGCACCGCCAUGGAGCGAGACAAGGAGAUCCGCGUACUGCGCGAGCGCAAGCACGCCCUCCCCUCCGAGUUUGAGACGCCUCAAAAAUCGUUACAAGGCAGUAUCAUCAUGUCAUUGAUCAGCCAUCGACCGUCUGAGCGCCCUAGCUGUACUGAGCUACUGAGAACCGGCAAGGUCCCCGUGCAGAUCGAAGAUGAAGCUGUCAAGGAGGCCCUGAAAGCUCUGUCGGAUCGCAACUCACCCCACUACGCGAAGAUGAUGAAUGCCUUGUUCUCACAGAAGCCUGACACUCAGGCAAAAGAUUACACCUGGGACAUGGGUGUUACUGCACAAACCAUCAAAACGAACGAUGUUCUUCUUCAGAACCUUGUCAAAGAUCGGCUGGCGAUGGUGUUCAGAAGCCACGGUGCUGUUGAAGUUCAGCGUCAACUACUGCUGCCGUGGUCCGAUCAUUAUGCGGACAACAACGUCGUGAAGCUCUUCGACCCCUCGGGUACGCUGGUGCAGCUACCUUACGACUUUACCUUACCCCACGCUCGUAGCAUUGGCAGGGGCGCCCCAUUCCUCGAGAAGACUUUCACUAUCGGUCAAGUGUAUCGAGAUACCUACACCGGUGGUGCACCAAUAAGCAGUGGCGAGGCUGAUUUCGACAUUCUGUCGUACGAUACCCUUGACUUGGCCUUGAAAGAAGCGCAAGUCUUGAAGGUGGUGGAUGAGAUUAUCGAUGAGUUCCCUUCUUUGCGGUCGACUCAGAUGUGCUUUCAUGUCAACCAUUCCAACUUGCUGGAAAUCGUCAUGGACUUCUGCAGAAUCAGCGUACCUCAGCGGCCGGCAGUGAAGGCUGUCCUUAGCAAGUUGAACAUUGGCAAGAACAAUUGGCAAACAAUUCGCAACGAUCUGCGUUCCUCCGACAUUGGCAUAUCAUCUACGUCGCUGGAUGAUCUUGCUCGUUUCGAUUGGAGGGAUACACCCGAGAAGGCCUUCUCAAAGUUGCGACGUAUCUUUGAAGGCACCAAAUAUCACGACCGAACACAUGCUAUCUUCGCUCAUCUCAGCUCGGUUGUCAACUACAUGAAGCUGUGGAACGUGAAGCGGAAAGUGUACCUCAGCGCGCUUAGUAGCUUCAACGAGAAGUUCUACUCCGGUGGGAUCCUCUUCCAAUGUCUAUUCGAUACCAAGCAGCGUUUGGUUCUCGCCGCGGGCGGUCGCUACGACAAGCUCAUUGAAGAGUACCGACCUAGAGGACCUGGGCACAAUCAAACUGGUACCGGCUAUCAUGCGGUUGGCGUAAACCUGGGGUGGGAUAGGCUGGUCAACUCAAUGACGCGCUACCUGAAGAAACCCGAGAAAUCAGCCUUCCUCAAGAAACACGUAGAAGAAGAUACCCCAGCAGUCUCUUGGAUGCCACGCCGCUGCGAUUGCCUCGUCGCCAGUUUCGAUCCAACUGUCCUUCGCUCAUCCGGCGUGAAAAUGGUAUCCGACCUUAUUGCACAUGGCUAUACCGCCGAGCUUUCUGUCGACGCACACAACAUCGAAGACAUCCUCCGCCACUACCGUGACGACCGCCACAGCUGGGUCAUCAUCAUCAAACACGGCGUGGCGCCAGACAAACCUGACCUGAAAGUCAAGUCCAUCUCGAAGAAGGAAGACACCGACCUGCGCUCUGCUGACCUGCUUAACUACCUCCGCAACGAACUCCGCGACCGCGAAUCUCGCGAAGGCAGCGCUGCUCAACGACUCACUAAAGCCGCACCCACACCCUCCUCUUCAUCUUCUACUUCCACCCGCGCAAACGUCGAUGUCCUCAUCUCCCACCACCGCUCCAAAAAAAGCAACAAAUGGUCCAUCGUCGAAGCCGCACAAUCCCGGUCCCACGAACUCCUCGACUCCUUCCAGGACGCUCCCAUCGCAGCUAUCGAAACCAAAGAGGAAGUCAUGAACUCAAUCAGAGAGACGAGACUAAGUGAUCCGGACACCUGGCGCCAGGCGAUACAAAAGUUGCCGAUUGUAGAGCGGAAGUAUCUGCAGGAGCUGCAUGAUUUGCUGUUGGGUUACAGGGCGAAGUGGCGAGAGGUCAAGGGUGAAGAAGGUGGGAAGGGUAGUGGUGUGGGAGAUGGGAAGGCGUUUGUGUAUAACUUCAGGACGGGAGGGUGUUUGUUGUAUGACCUUGAUAACUGAGCGGGAAGGGGUCAGCAGGUCAUGGUCUGGAGCCAGCAGAGAAGUAAAGGAGCACCGUGGACGCGCAGCUUACGUUGGAGACUUACCUACCAUGCCUUAAUGGAAAGACGGCGCUUCAAAAGCUCGAUUCUGAAAGAAAUGGAGAGGCGGAGCUGACCUCUGCAUUUCGCUGUCACCCACAGUAAGUUUAGCGAUGCUUCAGCGAGAUGGCUCGAAGCUUGGGACAAUUCAAAGGCUGAGAAAGUAGACUAGACGCUACAAAGUCUUGUCCUUUGCCUCGCCAGGCGUGAAUCUGCAAAUGCUUGAUGGUGUGCACCAGCGGGGCAAAGUGCAUUGCCUAGUAGCGCCUGGUGUCC